UAAAUAAAUAAAUCAUUCACUUUUGCGCGACGAACCAAAGUAGACCUGUAAUAAUUAUUAAAAAUGUUGCGUUUCCUGUUUUUAGCUUUUUUAGUGAAUUUUUCGCAUGGAUUAUUGUCCCCGAGCAGAAAAGCACUUCCGGGAGAGGCUCCUUUUAUGGUUCGGAUUUCUGAUGGCAGACAAUUUUGCGGUGGAACGUUGAUUCGUGACAACAUCGUUCUCACCGCUGGUCACUGCGCUCGAGCCUCCCAAGCUGGUUUCGUGUCUGUCACCGCUGGCACCAAUUACGUCAAUUCCCCCGGAAAAGGUCAAAAACACUACGCCGAGCAAUUACUUCCGCAUGCGAACUUUUCCGUGGGUGCAAAUGGCGUUCAAGCCUACAACGAUAUCGCUUUAAUUAAGCUUUCGACGCCUUUUGAGCUGAAUUCCGACGUGCAACCGAUCAGCUGGGCAAAUGUCAGUCUCGAACGGGACUCCGUCAUGUUUGGCUUUGGUUACAAUGACUUUCAUAUGCCAGCGCAGUACCUCAGGGCGAUUAACGUGACUUUCAUUGAGGAGCCCAAAUGUGUGGAAAUGUUGGCAAAAACCAUCACGAAGAGUGUCAAAGAAAAUUACGAGCUUUGUGCGGAAAAAUGUGCCUGUAAUGGCGAUUCUGGAAGCCCGUUGAUCCAAAAAGACGAGAAUGGGGAAGCAAAAAUUGUUGGAAUUGCCUCGUGGUUGGCCGAUGACUUGUAUGGAUGCACCACACCGCCAGCUGUCUUCCUAAAAGUUGCGGAAUUCGAAGAUUGGAUUACGGAAAAAUUGAAAGAUUUGGAAAUUUCGAACAAAAUUAGCACGGAAAGUAGUGAAAAAAAGAGUUAUCGAACUACUCGACAUCUAGCAAGAUAUUUUUAAAAAAAUUUUGAGCACUUUUAUUGCAAAAAAUAAUUAAAAUUAAAAUUAAUUUAUCGAAUCUCUUGAAAAAUCGCUUGGAUCGCAUCGAAUAACGUUAAAACUAAUGAAAUUUGUGAAUACUUCGCAAAUGUCUUCUCAAACCGGAACAGUGCCAUAAGGUUCUCGUCUCACUUGCUUGAUAAAACAGACUUAAUGAUCUCCCGCAAAAGCCACAAUCGUGUCGUGCCUUCCAAAUCUUCUUGUUAUACAGUACCAAUUUCGUCGCUUUCGUUGCUUUUUGUAAAUCU